UUUUCAUAUAGAGCCAUCUUUAAAUAAAACACAUUUCUUUGUCUAUAUUUAACACUACCACAGUGUGCAAUAAUAGGUGCUUUAGGACACUUUCCAGUCUGAUGAUAAACCCACGUGGUCUUUAUAGGAGGAUCGAUUGGAAAACGAAAGUACAGUUUAAUAUUUUCUUUUCUCUCUCAGCGACUGUAGAUGGAUUCGUAGGUGAUCCAGCAACACUUUACACAUUAUUCCGUUCUUACUGGUUUCUUUGAAGCUUUCUGAGCUUACAGUGCUUCCUAGCGCCAUGAUUCCAGCUCUACCUCUGAGAUGGGCUUUACUGCUUCUUUUCCCAACUCUCAGCCAUCAGACUUCUGGAUAUUUUUCAGUGAAGGUUCAGUCUCCAGUCUCAGGGUUCCUUGGUUCCUCUGUGUCUCUGCACUGCGCUGUCGCAAACAACAUGGACGUUCGACAUCUGGCUGUGCGCUGGUACCGUCCCAAAAUGUCUGACACCCCAGUCCUGUUUUACAAGAACACACAGAUCCAGAAGAGUCCUGUAGAUGUUCAGUACCAGGGCAGAGUGUUCCUGUUAGGAGAACUGGAGAAAGGAGACGUCUCUCUGAAACUGGAGAACCUGACGCUAGCAGAUAGAGGAGACUAUGUGUGCCAUGUGAGCAGUGAUGACUGGUACGACGAGGCCACGGUGUCCCUCAGAGUGAGAGUGGUGGGAUCCUCUCCUGUUCUCUCCUUAAAUGAAGCAGAAGGAGGAAAGAUGAACGUUAGCUGUCAGUCACAUGGUUGGUUACCUGAGCCAUCAAUCACCUGGACAGAUAAAGAUGGGAAAGAUCUGAAACAUCUCAGCAAAGUCAAGUUCACCAACAAUUCUGAAGAGUUUAUAGAUGUGAGCUCGUGGCUGAUCGUGUCUCCCUCUGAGUCCGAGUGGAUCUCCUGCUCUGUGGGUUUCUCUGAUCAGGAGAGAAAAGAAGGCAGAAUAAUUCCACACACUCCUACAGGAGAUGCAGAGUCGUGGAAAGUAUGCUUUACCGUGACGCUCAUCCUUUUGUUCCUGUGCAUGAUGGGAUCGGCAGUGUGUUUCGUGCGACAGAGAAAAGUUCUGAUUGACCUCAAGAGGAAGAGAGCUACAGAAAACACUUUGCUCACAUGUGAAACAUCAGGAACUCCAUCAGAAAGGAAACAUCUGUACAAGAACUGUGUGGAGAAUGAGGAUAAGAAUGAAGCACCAACUGCAGAUACAGAUCAUCACAGUGUGGAUGGAGAUUUGGACCAAGUGAAGAAAUUCAAAGUGAACAUCACCAUCGACCCAAAUGAAACUCCUGCGCUCCUCACACACAAGGGAAAGGAAAUAAAGUGCUCUGUUCCAAAGCAGAACUGGGAUAGGAACAAUGAAGAUGAAAAAAUCUUCACUUUGUGUAAAGAGAAAUUUAAUUCUGGUAAACAUUACUGGGAGGUGAAAGUGAGAGAGUCACAUAAAAAUGUAAAACUCUCCUGGUUCGUUGGUGUAGCGAGCGAUGCAGCUGAGAGAAUCUACAACAUCCCGUUUACACCACAGAAUGAAUUUUGGGUUCUUUGUUAUGAAACAGAAGAAGGAUUUUAUAUCAGAGGUCAAACAGAACUGAUUUCACUCCCAGACCUUAAUAAAGAGCUCACAGCAGUGGGAGUGUUUUUAGACUGUGAUAAACACACACUGUCAUUUUAUAAUAUUAAUACAGAAUCACACAUCUACACUUUCACUAAUGUGGAACCCAAAACAGCACUGCAUCCUCUGAUCAGCCCUGGAGUCAGAGACAUUGAGCCUGUAUGGAUUCUUUAGAAAAAUAAGGACAAACUCUUGUGACAUCUGUGAGUCUAUAAUAUUAGCUGUGAACUAAUCAAUGUAUUUAUAUAAAGUGUUCUUACAAAGUGUACAUAACACAUUCAUAACAUCUUACAUCUCUGUAUAGUGAAAAAUUCCUCACAGCUGUAAAUACGCACCUUUAGUAUGGCUUUACUAGAAAAUACAUUUUUAUUAUGUCUUUACUGAGAUGACAAUAAAGUGUAGAAUUUAA